CGCUUUUACUCAACAUUGCCCCAUUUAGUACAAGGUCCUAAACAAGGCAAAAGACAGAAAAAAAGAAGUAAAAGUCACCCAGAUCAGAACUGAGGACGCAAAACUUUAAUCACAAUACCUUCAUUUGAGUACAAAAAAAAAACCACCCUGGAAUGAGUGAAUUCAGCAAGAUCAACUAGGAAGAGUAUUUCAGAAGCUUACGGACAACUGAAAAGGCCAGCUCCCACGCGAGACAGACAUCAUGAACCUCAGUAGCGACAGCAACACAGCGGGUAGACCUGUGAGGACAUUGCCCUGGGGGUGUGAACUGAGUCAAGAGAAGCGAACUUGCACCUGGAAGCCCCGCACAGAGGGGAAGGACUGCAGGCUGUGGCUGAGCACGAUUUGCUUGGGGGAGAAAGCCAAAGAUGAGCUGCACCGCGUGGAGGUCAUGUCCCCAGCAGGCCAGGAAGACAAGAAGGUCCCACCCAUCACCAUUGCCUGCCUGCAGACCUCUGUCCUGCCCAUGGUUGCCUUGUCCGAAGUGGACCUUGCCCCUCCCGUCACUUUCCAGCUGCGGGCCGGCUCGGGCCCUAUGUUCCUCAGCGGUAAGGAAUGUUACGAAACUUCAGACCAAUCUUGGGAAGAGGAAGAAGAGGAAGAGGAGGAAGAGGAUGAGGAAGAGGAGGAAGAGGAUGAGGAAGAUGACGAUGCAGACACCUCCCUGCAGGAGAGCCCUGUGAAACCCACCAAGAGGCAGAUGUCUGUGAAGCAAGCGAGCGUGGCCAAGAAGAAAAAGCUGGCGAAGGAAGACGAGGUGGUGAGCUCCACCCCCCUCCACUCCAGGUCUAAUCUUCAAGUCAGGAGCCCAGUGCAGAAGGCCAAGUCCACACCCCGCCCCAAGAAGCCAGGACCCAAGAAAUGAGGAGGAACCCAGAGUGGCUGGGGCUGUGUGUUGGCGGGGG